AUUGUAGAUAAAAGAAGGGAAUUUUUUUCUGGGGUCCGUGUUGGAUGUAAUGGAGUAGGACGCAGUCUGGAGUGAAAUGUUAUUUAUUAUAUGUAUAUAUAUUAUAUUUUUUUAAAUAACCCAAUGGAAAUUGGAGGACGGAUCGCAGAAGCGCCGUUGUUGUUUGAGGAGAAGGUUUGAUAGAGAGAGAGAGAGAGAGAGAGAGAGAGAGAUGCUCAUGAUGGUGAUGAUGAUGAUGUCCGCGUCUCCUGCGUUCUCAGUCCUCGCGCUUGUGUGCCUCGGGUGGUCCUGCGCGCACGAUGCGGUGCGGAAACCUCGCCAGAUACUCAGCUCAGGUGACGCAAAUCCUCAGUCCAGCCUGCGCGUCCCAGGCGGCGCAUCCUUCACCGGCCUGACUCCAGCGCCCACCGUGCUGUCCGCAGAUGCGCACACCACCAUCGAGCCACCCACCAGCGGUCCCAGCACCCCAUCCCCGGCGCGUCUGGGAGAGGAUUCUGCGCUCCAGGAGCUCCACCAACCCAGAUCUGCGCGUCUGCUGGUACAAAGACGCCAGAGCGCGGUGUCUGAUAAAGCUCAGGACGCAGGGGUUAUCACAACCUCAGACAAUUCCCAAGAGCUGGUGUGUAACUGCAGCACGGAGGGCGUGUUGGACCCGGACGAUUGUGACCGCGACACGGGACAGUGUGUGUGUAUGGCGGGAUACACAGGGCUCCAGUGCGAGGAGUGUGAGGAAGACCACUUCAGCAACGGCACCGUCGGCUGCCUGCCCUGCGGCUGCGACUCAUUCGGCGCUGUCGGUCCCGGAUGUGACAGCUCGGGGACGUGUGUGUGUAAAACGGGAGUGUACGGCCCCAAGUGUGACGACUGCCACCCGGGAUUCUUCCACUUCAGCAGCACAGGGUGUCAGCCCUGUCAGUGCAACGGACACUCCACCUACUGCCACCCGCAAUCCGGUGUGUGUAUGGACUGUCAGGACAACACUCAGGGACAGAACUGUGAGGAGUGUGUCCCGCGCUACUACAGAGCCCCAGGUGGAGGUGUGAAGGACGAGUGUGUGCCCUGCCCCUGUCCCAGCUUCAGCUCUUCAGGCACCUGCCACCUCGACUCCACUGGCCAUGCUGUAUGUGACGAGUGUAAGGCUGGCUUCGCUCCACCCACCUGUGAAGUGUGUACAGACGGCUUUUACAAAUCAGGAGGCGAUUGCGUGCGCUGUGAGUGUAACGGGAACGCCGAUCCUCGCUGGUGGCCCCGGACCUGCCACCCGGAGAGCGGGCGCUGCCUAAUGUGUGCCAACCACACCGCCGGAGCACACUGUGAGCUCUGUGCGUCCGGAUACACAGGAGAUGCUCUCGCCCACAACUGCACAUUGAGAGCCGCGAGACUCCUCCCAGUUCCUACAAGAACAUCCAUCACCACAAGCCCCCAGACCUCCAGCUCUACGUCUGCACCUCCGUCGUCCCUCCUGUCCACCUCCUCUCCCGCCUCCGUCGGCCACAGCAAAGCCCCGCCCCUCCGUUCCGGCCCGGGCGACCCGGCGGCCGGCAACAGCACGGCCUCGGCGCUCGCCGUGGUCUCGUGGACGCAGUUCAACGUCAUCGUCCUGGCUGUGAUCAUCGUCCUGCUGGUGCUGCUCAUGGGCUUCGUGGGCGCCGUCUACACGUACCGCGAAUACCGCAACCGCAAGCUCAACGCGCCGUUCUGGACCAUCGAGCUCAAGGAGGACAACAUCAGCUUCAGCAGCUACCACGACAGCAUCCCGCACGCCGAGCCCGGCGUCCUGCUGGAGGAGGAGCAGUGCUCCGUGCCGCCCAACGGCCAGCUCGCUUUAGCGGCCGCUGCUAACGUUUACAAGGCGUGACAGGAAGCGUCUUCGCGCAGCAGCGCAGAAGCGGUGGGAAAGACGCUUUACGUUUUCAAGAACGCGCUAAGAGUUGCUAACAUCUCGAUCCGGUGGAUCAUUCGGUUAAACCCGCUUAGGAACGUGAAGGAGGAGACACUCGUACGGUUUUACCGCUCUCUCGUCGUUGUCAUGCGCAAAGCGUAAAAGGAGGCGUGUCCACCCAGGAGAUUCGGAAUCGGAAAUUCAGACAAGACGCUAUGCGAUUUCAACAUUUCUCACUGAGAUAACGCUAACAUCUCGCUGCAGCAGAUCAGCCAGUCGAACCGGCCGGUCGAUCGACCGUGUCGUGUCCAGUACGGAGCGCGCUAAUGAAAAUCUCGAAGCUGACAGUAUGUCAUUUUCAAAGACUGGAGGCUGGCUCUAGGAACUGAUGCUGACAUCACAGCGCAGUGAAUCAUCCAUUUAAACCCGUUUUAUUUCUUCCGUGUUAAUGCUAUGUACAAAGCGUGAAAGGAAGUGCGUUUAGAUAAGAUAAAGAAACUAUUCUCAGUCCAGUUUCGUGUGGGAUUUGUGAUGCCGUGGACAAAAGGAACAAAAAUGAGGAAAUGUCUAAUGGAAUUGCCUAAUGCUAAUGCUGUCUAGGAGAUAAUGCUAGCAUUUCAGUCCAGUCGUCUGAGGUUGUAUUUAAAAGAAAGGAAAAAAAAAAGAAAAGGAAAGGAAAACAUGAAAGAAAGCGAGAUGAUGAGAAUCCAAAUCCGAGGAAGUCAUUGUUUGUUUGUUUUUUUUUUUGUGAGGAAAAAAAAAAGAACUUGUGCCAAGAGCUAAUGCGUACACUCAGAUACGGCGGUAUCGAAGGCUUCGUUUCAUACACUAAUGUAAAAUAAAGUGCACCCAGGAGAAUCAGACCCUGAGGGAAAAAAAAAAAGAAAAAAAAAGGUGUUUUACGUUUCCAAAGAACCGCAGUCAGAAGCUAAUGCUAGCGUCUCCGCCCAGCGGCUCGACCUUUCAUUGCUGCCUUGUCUAUGCUGCGAAAGCUCCUUGAAAUCGAAAUAUUUUUUUGACUAAGAAUCGACACUUUAGGAAGCUAAUGCUAACCGACUAGCAUCACUUGCUAGUGAGUUAGCAGGUUAAACCUGUUUAAGGUGCUCUUACUCUAAUACUCAGACCUGAAUACCUAGCAGCUAUCACUCAAAAAAUACGCCAAAAGAGUCAAGAGUCUGGAAUGAUU